UGAUGCGAAUCGACAACGUUCUGGAUAAAUUGCCGGCCGGUAUAUCAAGCAUAAAUACACCGGCAGAGUUGAGUUCGGUCAGUCACCUCGUCGGGUUGUUCGGUUGUGGAUUUGAAAAAAAUGACUUUUGAAAUUAAAGGAAAAUAUGCUCUGGUAACGGGAGGAGCAUCGGGUAUUGGUUUGGCUUAUGUGAAGGAGUUGCUAAAAAAUGGUGUUAAGGGCAUCGCCAUUCUGGACCUGAGAAAGGAUGGUAGCCAGGUGGUCGAAGCAAUCAACCAAGAAUACGGCGCCGAGGCAGCCAUUUUUAUUUUGACCGAUGUUACCAAGAAGCAGGAUCUAGUCGAUGGGUUCGAGAAAGCGUUUUCCAAGUUUAACCGUUUAGACAUUGUCAUCAACAACGCGGGUAUUAUGUACGAUGCCGACUGGGAGAAAGAAAUCGCUUUAAAUUGUAAUGGGGUGGUCGAAGGCAGCUUGCUCGGCCUCAAGUAUUUGGGUAAAAACAACGGCGGUAAUGGGGGCGUGAUAGCGAAUAUCGCCUCGAUCUUGGGCCUCCAAAAAUUGGCCGGAUGUCCAAUUUACGUCGGCACCAAGCAUUUCGUGGUCGGAUUGACAACCUCGUUCGGUACACCCUACUACUACGACCUUACCGGAGUGAAAUUUGUGACCAUGUGCCCUGGGGUUACCGAUACUCCCUUGAUUUCCGAAGCUGGAAGAUUCGCUCUGCAAGGAUUCCCAGACUUGGGCAAGUUACUAGCCGGAGAACUUGGAUCUCUACCGGCACAAAGUGUAUCUAAUGUGGCUGAGGGAAUGAUUAAAAUAAUCAGUCAAGGAGAGAACGGCAGCGUAUGGGUUUCCGAAGGUGGCCAGCCAAUUUAUGAAGUAGCCAUUCCUGAACGCACAACGUUGAGAAAGAAGUAACUACAUAUAUUUGUUUAUUGUAUUUCUUAAUUAUACAAAAGCGGCUUAUACUUUUGUACUCUAUUGUCAGUGUGCUUGCUAAUUAAUAAUAAAUUCAAAGUAG